CCAGGAGAGUAGACUGCAUUAGAUUCACGCUAACCUAGUGGCACGGCAGCACAUGUUCCAAUAAGACACAAGUGCAAGUAUAAAAAGGUGAAAAUGGAGAGGGUAAACGCUAGAUUAGCCGUUCUCUCUGCGCACUUGGAGGUGUCUGAUCCCAUGCCGGCGGCGAUAAAGCCAUGGUGCACAUCAAGUGCUGGUGCACCGCAUGGAUCCUUAAUGGGAAACUUGACGAUCGUUGAUGAGCGUACGGGGAAGAAGUAUCAGGUCCCAGUAUCUGAGGAUGGUACCGUUAAAUCUAUUGAUCUCAAGAAGAUAACGACAGGGAAAGAUGACAAGGGACUUAAAUUAUACGAUCCAGGUUACUUUAACACGGCUCCUGUUCGAUCUUCCAUUUCUUACAUCGACGGAGGUGAAGGCAUCCUACGUUAUCGUGGAUACCCAAUUGAAGAGUUGGCUGAGAAUUGUACUUUUCUUGAGGUUGCUUACCUCCUCAUUUAUGGGAACCUGCCUUCACAACGCCAGCUAGCUGAUUUAGAGUUUGAGGUUUCUCAGCAUUCAGCUGUUCCACAAGGGCUUCUAGAUAUUAUCCAGUCCAUGCCUCAAGAUGCACAUCCAUCGGGUGCUUUUGUCAGUGCGGCUGCAAUGAGUGCACUUUCCCUCUUUUAUCCUGAAGCAAAUCCUUCUCAUAUGGGCCAAGAUAUUUACAAGUCAAAACAAGUUCGUGAUAAACAGAUAUUUCGUAUUCUUGGACAGGCACCUACGAUUGCAGCAAAUGCUUUUCUGAGGACGUCAGGCAAGCCUCCUGUUCUUCCUUCAAGCAACUUUUCUUAUGCAGAGAACGUACUCUAUCUGCUGGAUUCAGUGGGCAAUAAGUCUUACAAACCUAAUCCUCGGCUAGCUCGAGUGUUGGACAUCGUCUUCGUACUGCAUGCUGAACAUGAAAUGAACUGCUCUACUGCUGCUGCUCGGCAUCUUGCUUCUAGUGGUGUUGAUGUGUACGCUGCUAUUUCCGGAGCUGUUGGAGCCCUUUAUGGUCCACUUCAUGGUGGUGCAACUGAUGCUGUGUCUAAGAUGUUGUCAGAGAUAGGAACUGUUGAAAACAUUCCAGACUUCAUCCAAUGCGUGAAGAACAAGAAGAGGAGGUUGUCAGGUUUUGGACACCGUGUUUACAAAAAUUACGACCCUCGAGCAAAAGUGGUUAAAAAACUGGCGUAUGAAGUGUUCUCCAUUGUUGGAAAGGAUCCUCUGAUUGAGGUAGCAGUUGCUCUAGAGAAGGCCGCACUCUCUGAUGAAUAUUUUGUUAAGAGGAAGCUUUACCCAAAUGUUGAUUUCUACUCUGGAUUAGUCUAUAGGGCAAUGGGAAUCCCGCCACAAUUCAUUGCAGUCCCACGUAUGGCUGGAUACUUGGCACACUGGCUUGAGUCGUUAGAUGAUCCUGACACUAAGAUCAUGAGACCCCAACAGGUCUAUACUGGAGUGUGGCUAAGGCAUUACGCUCCAGUGAAGUGAUUUGGAUUCUGAUCAGAUUGGUCAUUGAAAUGGGCAAUAGACCAGACAAAGAACUUCCAUAUAUGUUGUAUUAUGUAUUUGUACAUGUUCUGUAAUACAUAAA